UCCUUUUCCCUAACAAAUUGCCAAUCACAUGUUGCUAUGUUGCUGCAGACAACACUGUUUAGAUAUCGACUAAAAAAUCCUCGGGCAAAUUAAAACUGUGCACAAAAGCAGUUGAACAAACAAACUCAUAUGCAUGAUCAUCUAACACUAAAAAUGGUAAAUGCAGACUUUAUGGUAUCAAGGAGAGAGGGGCACGUCGCAUAUUCAAGAUGCUGAGGUUUACCAGAGGAACAUGGAGAAGCUUAUUGAGGAUGUUAGAGAGGAUCUGGGUCUACCUUCACUUCCAAUUAUUAUGGCAACAAUUAUAUCAGGAGAUGGUAAGUACGUGGAAAAGGUGAGAGAAGCACGACCAGGGAUUAAUCUACCAAAUAUGGUAUGCGUUGAUGCCAAGGGAUUGCAUCUUAAAGAGGAUCAUCUUCAAUUAACAACUGAGAGUCAGGUUAAGCUGGGCCACAUAUUGGCAGAUGCUUACCUCAAGGAUUCUGCAUCUUCUUUGCUUGCUUUGCUUAAAAUAAAGGGAAUUGAUUGCCCAGUGUUUGACUUGAGUGGAUUCUGUACUGUACUGUUGAUUUCUUUGUUGUUUCUACCCCUUUUGUUUUUGCUGAUUGCCGGAUUCUGAU